GGGGAAAAUAAAGGUGGAAGAGGGAAAUUUUUUUAUUUUCUCAAAAAAAAAAAAAAAAAAAGUGAGGAAAUUGAAGGAAAAGCUGGGAAAAAUUUAUCCAGCUCUCCUGCUCUCCAGCGCGCAACAAUUUCGUCUGUUCCCUUCCUUUUCCUCUUCUGUCUAAUCCCCUCCCUCUUCCUCUUUUGUUCUGUCUGCCUUCUUCUUCCUACUCUUCUGUCUUCCUCUUUCUCCUUCUUCUCUCUUCCAUGGCUUCCCAAGACAGAUCGAAUGGUGGUUCUGCGUCUAAUCAUCCUCCACCGAUCUUGCCUCAAAGGAAUAAUAUGCAAUGAUUUUAGCCACCGAUUUUGUAGAGAAAUCCUCUUCCAAGUUCUUCAAAGAAUCCACGAACUUCUGAUUCUAACAAAAAAUUUCAAAAUGUUCAAAAUCUUGCAUCGAAGCCUCCAAUGUCUGGCUUUCGCCAAGAUCUUCCACCAAAUACCUUAGAUUCGAGGCAUUUUGACUUCAAAUCAACCUCCACUUGAGGACAAGGAAGUAGAAGAAGCUUUUGUUGAGGUCUUUACUAUUUCUAGAGGGUCGAUCUAAAUGGCAAGAAAUUCAAGCAGUGUUUCGGUGACUGUGUUGUUGUAUACUGGGGGGGAAAUUGUCACAGGAGUAGACGGUGUUUGUUAUAGUAGUAAGCCAGUUCGACCAAUUCGAAUUGGCAAUAGGAUUAAAUUAAACAAAUUGUAUGCGAAGAUAUACAAAUAUUUGCAUAUUGAUUCAAACCAAUAUGCAUUGCGGGUGACAGCAAGAUACCCUAUACGAGGGUUCAAUGAUACAGUACUCUAUGAGGCUAUUCCCAUAACAGAUGACUAUGGUCUGCGCAUUAUGUUGAAUGCACAUUGUGCAGGCACGAGAUAUCUAACUGUGCAGUUAUAUGUGGAAACCGUUCCUCAAAUGGGUGUCAUCGCAGAUAGGCAGACAGAGACGCCUGCUGAACAUGUGAUUGAAGUAGAGGAAGAUACCCAAAAAACACGUCAUUGUGGAAUUUGCAAGUUCGAUCCAGGGCCAACCGAUUGCACUGUUUUAACGAUGGGCGAGGAGCACCGGUCUAGCCGAGCGUGGGCUGAGGGUCACGCCGAGCCCUUGUACUGCCGAGGGGGCACGCAGUACCUAAAGCGCCUGUUCGAUGCGGAUGACCGCAUUGUUAGAUGGAUUCGCGAUGCAGGAUUCUAUGGGAUUUAUCGUAUUGCCCAUAUCCAGUUGGAUUGGCAUUUGGUGACCGCAUUCGUGGAGCGAUGGAGACCGGAGACACAUACGUUUCACCUACCACAUGGUGAGGCGACUAUCACACUCGAGGACGUUGCGGUUUUGUUCGGGUUGCCCAUUGACGGGAAGCCGGUCACUGGUCGUACUGCCGGACCAGUAGACGGUCCUGCAGACCAUCAGGGAGGACUCGCACUACGUCGUAUGUGCGAGCGGUUGUUAGGGGUCGUGCCACCUGACAGCGAGUUGCAGGGUGCCCGCAUCCGUAUGCGGUAUCUGGAGGCGCAGUUUCGUCAGCUACGAGCAGAUGCAGAUGCGGAGACUGUAGCACGCUACGCACGAGCCCACAUUUUGCGUUUAAUAUGUGGGAUGCUAUUUUGCGACUUAUCGGGGAAUUUUGCGCAUUUGAUGUUCCUUCCACUCCUAGAGGACCCAACGCAGACUCGCUCGUACAGUUGGGGGUCCGCAACUUUGGCGUGGCUGUAUAGGGAGAUGUGCCGCGCUGCACACCUGUCGAGGCGGGAGAUAUCUGGCCCACUACGCUUACUACAAAUUUGGGCUUGGGAGAGAUGCCCCUCCUUAGCUCCUUCGCGACUCGGUGUGCUACAAAUUGAGAGGGAUGAAGAUGGUCGUCCAGUUGACCCAGUCCCACUCGCAUACCGAUGGAGAGACGAGAUGAGGGCGCUGUCAGUUGCGCAACAUACAUUGCCCUGGUAUAGGUUCGAGUUGGACAUGCACCGGGAGCAUGAGUUCAUAUGGAGACCCUAUACAGAUGACAUUAUAGCCGACUUACCCACCGAUUAUGCUGUUGGGAGUGACUUGUGGGUAGCCCGAGUGCCACUCGUAUGCUUUCAUAUUAUCGAGUGGUAUCUCCCUGAUCGAGUUUUGCGACAGUUUGGCUAUCGCCAAGGCAUUCCCGACCCCUUCUUGACGUCAGGGGUAGAUGUACAUGGGCAAGACCUACAUAACAUUGAUGGACGCGGUCGAGGGGUGACGAACUGGACGAUUGUGCACGAUAUGUAUGUGACUGCAUGGGAGCAUCGACGAGAGCAUAUCAUCCCGGUCAAGGCGGAGGAUGGUCCUUUGCGUUCGGAUGACCCAUACUUUAGCUGGUAUAGGUCGAUCACACGACGUUUCUUGAAUAGGACCGCUGGUGUAUAUAUGAGCCUCGCUGACAUACUGCAUGAGGUAGAUCUAAUCUCUCCGGAUCCUAGAGUACAGAAUUUAGUGAGAGCUGGAUUGGAGCUUGUCCACGACAACGGACGACAGACCCAUAUACCUCGACCUAACCCGACAGCACGAGGAGGUCGCGCAGCUCUAGUACGAGGAGUUCGAGCAGCUCCAGUACGAGCAGUACAUGCUCCGCGUGCCUCUAGACGUCCAUUGAGCCACGCUGGUGAGCCGCCUGUUGUACAAAGUGAGUACGUGUUUGGCUCUUCAGCAUCGUACGCAUAUUCUCCAGGAGCUGAUGUUGCGGGACCGUCCAGUAGACAUCCAGACGCCCCAUCCGUGUCAUACCAGUUGGACGACAUUGUAGAUGCGGAGGAUGUGGAUGCACCGGCCAUGCCACCUCAUUCUCGUCCAGAUUCAUUAUGCGAGUCAUCUCCCCAUCCGCUUCACAUGGAUGCUGAUUAUGCAGUACCUCUUGGCAGAGAUGAUAGACAUACAGGACGACGACGAGACAGGACACCAGAUGCAGAUGACCAGGAAGGAGAGGAUAAACGCAGACGACAGCCACCCUGAGAUCGGAGAUGACCUCCUGCAGCACUUGAGUAGUCUCAUUUUUUUGAUUUCAUUUGUAUUACAUCGGUUAUUUUUAUUUCAUUUGUAUAACUUCGUUGCAUUAUUUAUGUAUAAUUGGAAAUGUUUAUUUAUUUUUCCUAACAUGUAUAUGUGAAUGAAAGCUGUGAACAUACUAAUAUUCUCGAUGAAAAUUGUUUUUUUUUAA